AAUGGGCUACGUGCUUUUGUGAAUGAAAUGUUUAGCUCCGCAUUUAUUUCCCCCCCACCUUCCAUGGGCAUUCAUUAAAUAUUUUCUACAUCUGCCCUUAAGGGUUAUUUUGCUCAGAGGGCUGUGGGGAACGUGGACAUAGUUUGAGGUUGUGGUUCGUACUUUAGUUAUAUUUGGGGGAGAGUUAUAAUGCACCGCAAUUGGAAGUAUAAAAAAGUUGUGGGUUGUAUAAGUUAUCAAGUGAGAUUUGCGGCGCUCUCUGCAGGAAACACAGUCUGCUUGAGUUCAAAGCCACAUGCACCAAUGUGCCGUAGAAGCCAUUAAAAUAUCAUCCUGGCUGGUCGUUCCCGCUUCUAACAUUCCUAAACUCAUUCCAGAAAGACCAAAAAGAAGAGACGCGGGACUGACGUCUUCCUUGUUUUGCAUAGAUUUAACGCAACUUUAAGGCGUUUAAAAUCUGGAGGACCUCUUCAACAGGUGGAUACCGGUAAGGCAGGCGCGCGUGCAGAAGAGAAUGCAGAACUUGUGACCUCUAUUUUAGGUUGGUUUAACAAAAAAAGACGCUACAAGACAGGCUGGGUUCAUCCACAGACGCUGCGUAUUUGUAUUUGUAAUGGAAUAAGGACAUGGCUUUGUUAACUUAGAUCUACGAUACAUUUUGAUGCAGGGGUAACAGACAAUUCGCCUGUGUGAAACAACGGGCUACAACAUCGGUUCUUUGUAUGCUAUUUUCUCAGUUACGGCAUCAAUUACUCAUAGAGUAUGUAUGCUGUGAUCCUUCGUUAAUUCACAGUGCAUUGUUUCAUGUAACGUUUUAAACUGGAAUUUCAGUCCAGCACUUGCGGCCGCAAAAUGCAUUUUGUUUUCCUGUAAUUUCUAUUAUUUAUUUAUUUAUUUAUACUGUUAAUCAUAUAUGACAUAUAAUACCUCAGGAUGGAAUUACAAUGCCUUCAUUACUACUUUAAUUGCAAAUAUUUAAUAUUUUGAACUAUAUUGCAUAAAAUCAUUGUCUUUUCUUUAAAAAGGGCACCCUACUUUUAACCAAUAGAUAUUCAGAGUGGAAGUAAAUUUCGCUUUGUAUUCCACAGAUGCCUUCGCAGAGUACAUAUGCGACCCGACUCACGUUGUAUAGGCUACAACUGUUAUUUUAUAAACAUCUUUAGGAUGUCAUAAUUCAGAAGAUGUUUGCUUACUCAUGACAUGUUUGAUAUGGUGUUGUCAACGAGGGCCUUUGACAGGUCAAUUACGCCGAAAAUCCUCAAGAGAACCAAAUUCACAUCAUUGCCUUACUUCCUUUCCACCAUGGGGGAUUUGAGCCGAAUUAACCACUGGAUUUCUCUAGACACUCUUUAUUAUCAUGUGUUCGCGGUCUACAGUAAGACGUCGUGUGUUUAGACUUGCACUUCAAACAUUAAUUGCGUAAAACGAAUCGUACAUCUUAUUUGUUCAUAGAGCGUGGAUAAAAACAUCAUUUUUUUUUCAUAUCACUCAUUAAAGAGAAAAUAAAUGGGAUCAGUUAUACUACGCGUUGUAGGCUACAUAAUAUAUCCUCUCAUCUCUAAUUCGUAUAUAUCCUUUGUCUCAGCUGGUGCUACCAAGAAUAAAACAUUCAGCAUUAACCACUAAAUAUUUAGUCAUUGGUAAAAGGGUGCGGCUCUACACGAAUUAGCUGUCUGACCUAACCUGUAGAGCACGGAUUUAGGAAACUUGUACGGUUUGUUUUUUCAUGAUUGACACCCACCGUUAAAAAAAAUAAUUUAAAAAGUAACAAAAUCUGAAAAACAAGACCCGUUCAAAUGCGUGUGAUUAACCUGCCACUCAAAACAGGGGACAUGCGAGGAGUCCAAUAAAAUGUGAAAAUUGCAUAAUUAAAUAUUUCCCUCUCUAAUGUAUCCAGCUGACUUGGAAAAAAGGGCGUACGCCAUUGAUAUAAGCGAACGGUCAUACUGAAUCAAGUAGCUAUAGAAGUGAACAAGCUGAAUAUUAUAAUUGAAGACCGUGUUAGACUGCGUGGCAUUGACCUGCAGGUAGUAAAAUAUUGGCGUGACAUUCUUUCAAAGGGGAUUGUGGUUUUCCUGCUUUAGCACCACGCAUUGUUCUUGGAAACCAACAAAUCAGCGAUUGACUACUAUGGGCACUCGUAUAAUCCGUCCAGUGCUUUCGCAGAUUUUAUAUGAUAUGUGACACGUAUCUAAGAGCAACUAUUUGACCUUUUGGGGUCAGUUAACAUAGUGAGUCUUAUUAGUCUCUCUGUGAUAUCAUCAGAAUACAACAUCCACGGAUUUACAAUGACGGUAAGGUUAUUUUUCAUAUACAGUAGUCUAACAAAUUGCAUUAAAAUAUAUAUGCAUAAUAUUAGAGUGCAUGUCGUAAUGUUAGCUUAAUGCAUACAAAUACAUUUACAGAAUUAGUAAAUGUAAUAUUAUGGUAACGCUAGUAAGUAUCAAGCACUAAACAUGAAUGAGAGGGGUAAAAUGUCACUGUUAUCGUGAGCGUGCGUGGGAGUUUAUUUACACUUUCGUUUAUUGUGAAGCGUUUUUCAUUCAGAAUAAGUUCAUUCAGGUGGACAAAACUUUUUAGGCCCAUGUAAACCACGUCAGAAGAAUACCUACUGCAUCGCUCCUUUGCUCUUCAAUGCAGCUCAAGUAACAAACCGAAUGAUUUUGUAAAUAUGACUACGACAUGUCAUGUUCGUAAACGGCAAUAUGCUACAGUUUAAAUGCAAUAGAUUUAACAUUGAGGCCUGACAGGUGACUAGCAAAAAAAUUAUAAAAUAAAAAACUAUUUUCACGGCACGUUUGUUUACAGUAAAAGGUAAUAAAUAAAUAAAUACAUUACUUUUUCAGGUUUUCAGUUUUUAUAGUCUGUUUUCAUUUGGCAAUUUAAAUGCCGGCUUGCACUUUUGACAUUGUUCCAACUCGCAAACAUUCAGAAUCAGAGCAUCACACUGUAAUGCCACAAUCAUAUUUUUGGCCAACUUAUUUGGAGGGAAAACAUGGGCUUUCUAGCCAUGUUAGAAAGAAUUUCUGACUGAAAAAUGAUUUUCCAAGGCUUAACUUCAACAAGACAUUGGCCUGAUGCUAAUACAACUAGACCGAAAGCGUGUCGGUGAACAAUCUACUUUCAAAUAAUUAAAAUAUUAUCUCUCUCUCUCUCUCUCUCUCUCUCUCUCUCUCUCUCUCUCUCUCUCUCUCUCUCUCUCUUUCUCUCUCUCUCUCAUCUGUAUGCCGCGUAACCUAGGCCUGUUGUAUCGUUUUCGUCCGUAUUUUACUUCGCGUCUUCUUCUUCUUGCUCUUCUUAUUCUCUAUUAGGUGCCUCCUCCUGUGCUCUUCAUCUGUUCCGACUCUGGGCCCGAAUCUGACAGCUACGUGAACAAUAUUACUUCGAAUCAUAACAACAGGUCCCUUACCAUUACUUCUGUUUCUGGGACACUGCCCGACGUUUCAUCUAUUCACAAAUGUAGAGAAACGGAUCCCAUGGCAAAGUAAAAGAGGGGUGGGCAGCUGAAGGAAAAGGGGCUUGGGGGUGUUUUCGGAAUAAGCGCAGAACUUCCAGAAAUCACCAAUUACUGUAUCCGUUUCUCAUGUGAAUAUGCAGAAUCUCGCACCUUGCCACAUUUCUACUCAAACCUACCCACGACUGUCUUACAAUAUUUUUCAAUUGUUCAGCGUUGUUGAAAUUGUUUUAGAGAGCCACAUACAAUUAGUAAUAUUUAAUUGUGCCUUACAACGUUUAAGACAACUCAUUUGUGCGCUUUUUAAUUUCGUCUUCUAAUGCAGACGAGAAUUGUCGAUGUUAAAUAAACUCUGAUAGAGUACAUUUUCUUGAAAAAUUUUGAUCUCUGAGAGAAAACGUUACUGAUCAUGCUCCAUUAUUGGUAAACAAAAAAGAAAAACAAAGUAAAAGUUAAAAAUUAUAUAUAUAUAUAAAGUUUAGGGGGGUUACUGCAUUAUUGUAUUCUCAGUGUUAUAAAUAAAUAUACUUUCUCCCUCUUUGUAUUGUCUCAGGUCAGCGCAGGCGCUCUGGUUUCUUGGUGUAGCUAAAGCAUUUUUCUUUAUUGGAAACUGUCACAAGUGACGUCAAUCAUUGAGCUCCGACCAAUUAGAAUGCUCCAUCAUUGUUUAGCUCCGCGGGCUGCAGCGCCUACCAUGAAUCUCUAUUCAGUAUAUCAAAGCGUCCUGCUGCUGCCUCUCAACCGAAUGGGAUUCCAUGUAGGCACUGAGAUAGGCUGUGAACUUUAGAAAGUUUUUUUUUUUUUUUUCAUUGCUAUUAAAAUAUAUUUGUCAUCAUCAUUAUUAUUUUGCCUGCUGUCAAGUUAUUCCAAAAUUAGGAGUAAUGAGCGUGGAUACUUUGGGAAACUUUAUGAUGGACACCGCGUUUUCCAAACGGAGCACGGCGCUGAGAUUAGUUGACUUGGCAGGGGCUCACCACCACCAUCAUCACCACCAUACCCCUCAGAGCGUGACAGGCAUCCCGGGGUUCAGCAGCCAUCCACAUUCAAUGGCUCACACGCACCCUGGGGAGAUUACUGCAGAACCCCGCCUGGGGCCGAGUCCAUUCGGGCCAGAACACAUGGGGCACUCCGCGGCCCUCAAAAUCAGCCCAGCCCAUCAUUAUCCUCACCACCAUCAGCACCACAAUCAUCAUAUGGCAGGCCACAGUGAAGUGGUCUCCAGUCAAACGAGAGCUUUUGGGCCGCUCCAGCCUGCGACAGUCCCAUACUCUAUGUCUCAUACGGCCCAGGCAUUGUCGCCAGGUAGGGAUUUCCUCAUUCGAAGAGAUCUGACAGUUCAAGGCAUGCCAGGGCUGACCGAGCAAACUCCUGCUACAGCUUCUCAUCACGGAAUGUUUGUUUCGACAACAGGUAGCUAUCCUGGAUACUAUGGUCAUCAUCCGAACGGUGGAAGCCAUACCCUCUUCCCUGGACUCCAUCACGAACCGCCAGCGAACGGAGCUCCAGGUGGCCAAGAACUGAAUGGACAAAUAAGGUUAGGAAUACCAGGAGAAAUGUAUGUUCGGUCUGAUCACUUGAGUCAAGUGACUGGCUCUCCGUUGCACGGCUACGGCGGAAUGAAUCUUAACAUGAAUCUCAGCGCCCACGGACCCGGGGCUUUUUUUCGGUACAUGAGGCAACCGAUAAAGCAAGAGCUUAUUUGCAAGUGGCUGGAGCCAGAGCACGCGGCGAAAAAACUUUGCUCUAAAACUUACAGCACUAUGCACGAACUUGUUACACAUGUUACAGUCGAGCAUGUUGGUGGACCUGAGCAAGCAAAUCAUAUCUGCUUUUGGGAAGAAUGUCCGCGAGAAGGAAAACCUUUUAAAGCGAAGUACAAACUUGUAAAUCACAUCAGAGUACACACCGGCGAAAAACCGUUCCCCUGCCCGUUUCCCGGCUGUGGGAAAGUAUUCGCAAGAUCUGAAAACCUCAAGAUCCACAAAAGGACCCAUACAGGUGAAAAACCUUUCAAAUGCGAGUUUGAUGGAUGCGAUAGACGUUUCGCUAACAGCAGCGAUCGAAAAAAGCACUCCCACGUGCACACCAGCGAUAAGCCUUACAACUGCAAAGUGAGGGGUUGUGACAAAUCCUACACUCACCCGAGCUCCCUGAGAAAACACAUGAAGGUGCAUUGCAAGUCUCCACCUCCGAGCUCGGGCUACGAAUCUUCGACCCCAUCUCUCGUGUCUCCUUCUUCGGACUUGGGUCGAGACCCAACUUCCUCUGGCCACUCCGAAUCCCUGCACUCAUCGCAAGCUGCAAAUUUAAGUGAGUGGUACGUUUGUCACAGUUCGGGAGCGAGUGGGACUCAGACCCCUCCAAGUAGCUCGUCUUCACCUGACCCCGCGGACGGGCCGUCCGACAGAGAAACUGAGUCAAGGGACGCAUUCUAAGUAGCACGUGACCCAGAACAGUUUUUGUCCACAUACCGAGGAUGUAUAGACGUAAAAAAAAAAAAAAAAAAACUAUUGGCCACCUUUCCGUAAUGCACUGGGGCACGUACACAUAAUGAAAGUAUAUAUAUAUAUAUAUAUAUAUAUAUAUAUAUAUAUAUAUAGCGGAUAUUGCUGCGAUAUCUUGUAUUGCUUUAUCAUGCGCAUGAUGCUGUUUUUUAUGUAAAUGUAUUUCAGUCUCAGUAUUUCUUUAAUUUAUUUUUUAAAUCUAACAGGAAUUUUUUGUAUUUUUUAACCAAAGUGUUUCAAUGGACGAUUAUGUACAAUUGUAAAUGGUGAUGUUUUCAUGUAUUGUGUUAACUGAAAUUUUGUAAACUGAAGUCACUGGGGAAAAUAUUUUGUAUUGUUUACUACUGGUUUGUAAAAAAUAUUAAUUUAAGCAUUUCGUACAGAAUAUAAUUGUACAUGUGUGCAGUCAGUAAGCCCACAAUUCCAGUAGCAUUCUUGCAGCAUUUAAUAUUACCUGUAUUGCUUUCAUCAUGAUUACUGCAAUUUUUGAUAAAUGUGAGCAAUUUUGUGUUUUUGUUAAGAAUAACAUUUUUACGAAAAUUUUAAUUAAAAUUAUUCCAGAACUAUCGGUAUAUGUACCAAACAACCUUGUACUUUUGUUAGUAUUUUGAAUAAAUCGUAGUCUAAAUGAUUGUAUUGUCAAAACGCAUAAGAUUUGUUGCCAAAUUGUCGUGGAAAAUGUACAAGUAAAAUAUAUACAAACGGUACGUUUGCAAUGCUUGCAAAUGCAGCUCAAUAAAUAAUUUCCUUAACGAUUCA